AUGGCAACAACAUCUGCGUCGUUUUUAUCGGCGCGCAGCUCGAGUGCGAGCGCGCGUGGGAAGACGUGCACCUCAAAAUCAUCAUCAUCGUCCUCGAGAAUUACGUCCGAGCAAACGCAUCAUCGUUUAAAGAAGACUACGAAGAGGAGCACGACUAAAACGACCAAAAUCAGAGCGGUGAUGACGCCGCCAGAACAACAACGCGUAUUCACGCGAGAUUUAAAACGCCCGGACGAGAACGGGAGAUACGGCGGCGUGUACGGAGGAAAAUACGUCCCGGAAACGCUCAUUCCAGCCCUUCUCAAUUUGGAACGAGAGUACGAAAAGCUGAAAACGGAUCCCGCGUUUAUAGAAGAGUUCGACCAAGUCUUGAAAGAUUACGUCGGGAGAGCGAACCCGUUAUACUUCGCGGAACGCUUAUCCGAGAGGUACAAGAAACCGGACGGAUCUAUGCCGCAUAUUUAUUUCAAAAGGGAAGAUUUGAACCACACGGGUGCGCAUAAGAUCAACAACGCCAUCGGCCAAGCGAUAUUGGCGAAGAGGAUGGGGAAGAAGCGCAUCAUCGCGGAGACGGGCGCUGGGCAGCACGGAGUGGCGACGGCGACGGUGUGCGCGAGGUACGGGUUGGAGUGCAUCAUUUAUAUGGGCGCGGCGGAUAUGGAGAGACAGAAGUUGAACGUGUUUCGCAUGCGAUUGUUGGGCGCGACGGUGACUCCGGUGAGAACCGGGACGAGCACGUUGAAGGACGCGACGAGUCAAGCGAUUCGAGAUUGGGUGACGAACGUGGAGACGACGCAUUACAUUUUGGGCUCCGUGGCUGGUCCUCAUCCGUACCCGAUGAUGGUCAGAGAUUUCCACUCGAUGAUUGGUAAGGAAGUGAGAGAGCAAGCGAUGGAAAAAUGGGGCGGGAAACCGGACAUUUUGAUCGCGUGCGUCGGCGGCGGGUCGAACGCGAUGGGUUUGUUCCACGAGUUUGUGAACGACGAGGACGUGCGUUUGAUUGGCGUGGAAGCUGGCGGAGAAGGUAUUAAUCUCGGACAAAAACACGCGGCUACUUUGACGUUAGGGAAACCCGGAGUUUUACACGGUUCGUUUUCGUAUUUGAUCCAAGACGAGGAAGGCCAAAUCAUCGAGCCGCACUCAAUUUCGGCGGGUUUGGAUUAUCCAGGCAUUGGUCCGGAACACUCGUUUCUGAAAGAUUUCGGGAGAGCUGAGUAUUACCCGGCCACGGAUCAAGAGGCGUUGGACGCGUUCGUCUUCACGUCGAGGUUGGAAGGCAUCAUUCCGGCGUUGGAAACGUCGCACGCUUUGGCGUACUUGGAAAAGUUGUGCCCGACGUUACCGGACAAGUGUAAGGUUGUGUUGAACUUUUCCGGGAGAGGCGACAAGGACGUCACGCAAGCCGCGAACUUUUUGAACAUCUCCGGCGAGGUUGACAUUUAA